AUGGACAUUUUCAAUGGUGACGAAAACGUCGACGAAAAUCUCCACCGCGUUUCCGAAGCUGUUCGUAAAGAUAAAGAAGGGACAGGAAAAAUAUGGGAUCUAUUUACUGUGAAAUCAAACAGAAAGGCUGCAAUAAUCGUGUUUGGACUAAGAGCCUUCCAACAAUUCUCCGGGGUGGCGGCCAUAAUGUUCUACGCGAAAAUAAUCUUCCAGGAAGCUAGCACCGACAUAUCAGCCAACUUAUCCACAAUUAUAUACUUUAUAAUACAGCUGGUGAUGUCGCUUUUGUCAUCCUUCAUCGUGGAUAAAACUGGCAGAAGGCCUCUGCUGAUAUUUUCCAUCAUAGGCUCAGCUGUCGCCCUAGCAACGGAAGGUUUAUAUUUCUACUUCGAAAACGAUGAACUGUACAGCACUUCCUCACUAAUCUAUUUACCUCUGAUCGCCCUUUUGACCUUCGUGGUCAUAUUUAACUUGGGUAUGGGCACCAUACCAGUACUAAUAUUGGGGGAAUUUUUCCCCACAAACGUUAAAGCCUUCGCGCUCUGUAUAGCCGAUAUGGUUUCUUGCACUACAGUGUCGAUAUCAGCAAAGUUUUUCCAGAUAACAAAGGAUAACUUCGGAAUGCACGUGCCAUUUUUUUCGUUCACCGUUUGCUGUUUGCUAGCGCUGGUGUUUAUUUUGCUGUAUAUCCCCGAAACGAAGGGAAAAACAUUGGAGGAAAUUCAGGAACAUUUGAGGGGAGAUCAUAAAAAAGAGUCUGAGACUGUGACAAGAUUCAUAAAAAUACUCCUCAUAAAAGUUAUUGUUGUCAACUUCAACAUAAAACAAACAGCGUUGAUAUCGGGGAUCAUACCAAUACUGCACUUCGUAACAUUCUACUUUAUGCCUGAGAGCCCAUACUAUCUCAAAAUUUCUAGCAUAAAAGAGGAGACAAGAGACAGCAUGGACAUUUUCAAUGGUGACGAAAACGUCGACGAAAAUCUCCACCGCGUUUCCGAAGCUGUUCGUAAGGAUAAAGAAGGGACAGGGAAAAUAUGGGAUCUAUUUACUGUGAAAUCGAGCAGAAAGGCUGCAAUAAUCGUGUUUGGACUAAGAGCCUUCCAACAAUUCUCCGGGGUGGCGGCCAUAAUGUUCUACGCGAAAAUAAUCUUCCAGGAAGCUAGCACCGACAUAUCAGCCAACUUAUCCACAAUUAUAUACUUUAUAAUACAGCUGGUGAUGUCGCUUUUGUCAUCCUUCAUCGUAGAUAAAACUGGCAGAAGGCCUCUGCUGAUAUUUUCCAUCAUAGGAUCAGCUGUCGCCCUAGCAACUGAAGGUUUAUAUUUCUACUUCGAAAACGAUGAACUGUACAGCACUUCCUCACUAAUCUAUUUACCUCUGAUCGCCCUUUUGACCUUCGUGGUCAUAUUUAACUUGGGUAUGGGCACCAUACCAGUAUUAAUAUUGGGGGAAUUUUUCCCCACAAACGUUAAAGCCUUCGCGCUCUGUAUAGCCGAUAUGGUUUCUUGCACUACAGUGUCGAUAUCAGCAAAGUUCUUCCAGAUUACAAAGGAUAACUUCGGAAUGCACGUGCCAUUUUUUUCGUUUACCGUUUGCUGUUUGCUAGCUCUGGUGUUUAUUUUGCUGUAUAUCCCCGAAACGAAGGGAAAAACAUUGGAGGAAAUCCAGGAACAUUUGAGGGGAGAUCAUAAAAAAGAGUCUGAGACUGUGACAAGAUCUGUGGAUAAAAGUGGCAGAAGGCCUUUGCUGAUAUUUUCCAUCAUAGGCUCAGCUGUCGCCCUAGCAACUGAAGGUUUAUAUUUCUACUUCGAAAACGAUGAACUGUACAGCACUUCCUUACUAAUCUAUUUACCUCUGAUCGCCCUUUUGACCUUCGUGGUCAUAUUUAACUUGGGUAUGGGCACCAUACCAGUAUUAAUAUUGGGGGAAUUUUUCCCCACAAACGUUAAAGCCUCUGUAUAG